AUGUUGAGGAUGCAGCAGCAGGUUGAGGGCGCCCUGGUGGUGGGCGGCAUGGCGGAGGCGGAGGAGCACCAGGAGGCGGCGGUGUACGAGCGGGUGGCGCGGAUGGCGGGCGGCAACGCGGUGGUGGUGUUCAGCGCCAGCGGGUGCUGCAUGUGCCACGUCGUGAAGCGCCUCCUCCUGGGCCUGGGCGUCGGCCCCACCGUGUACGAGCUGGACCAGAUGGGCGGCGCCGGGAGGGAGAUCCAGGCUGCGCUGACGCAGCUGCUGUCCCCCGGCCCCGUCGGCGGCGGCCACCACCAGCAGGCGCCGGCGGUUCCCGUGGUGUUCGUGGGCGGGAGGCUCCUGGGCGGGGUGGAGAAGGUGAUGGCGUGCCACAUCAACGGCACCCUCGUCCCGCUCCUCAAGGAGGCCGGCGCGCUCUGGCUCUGA